AUGACAAUUGAUAAAGAAGGACCAAAAUAUGAUAGAAUAGCAAUUAUAGGCGGUGGACCAGCUGGUUUAGCAGCUGCAAAAGCAUUAGCUUACGAACCUAUAAAUUUCAAGACUAUAGAUUUAUAUGAACGAAGAGAUAAAUUAGGUGGAUUAUGGUAUCAUCAUGGUGAUAAAACAAAAUUACAUCCUUCUGUACCUUCAGUUAAUCAGUAUUCAAGAGAAAUGACCUCUGAAGGUGCUUUAAAAGAGGAUAUUUACACAUCUGCAAUUUAUAAAUACAUGGAAACUAAUAUAGUUUAUCCAAUAAUGGAAUAUAAUCAGGUAUAUUUCCCCAGAAAUUCUAGAAUUUACCCAUUGAGACAAUCUGUGUUAGAUUACAUUGAAGAAUAUAUAAAAUCUAUGCCUGAAUCAGUCAAUUUCAAUCUCAAUUCAAACAUUAUAUCAGUUGAGAAGGUGAAUGAUGUAUGGCAGGUCAAAGUUGAGGAUGAAGAGGUUAAAGAAUAUGAUGCUGUAGUUAUUGCAAAUGGUCAUUUUAAUACACCGUACAUUCCAGAUGUACCGGGAUUAAAAGAAUGGAAUGAACAUCUCUCUAAUACAAUUUCACAUUCUAAAUAUUAUCAAUCUCCAAAUGAUUACAAGAAUAAAACUGUGUUAGUGAUUGGAAAUGCAGCUAGUGGAGUCGACUUAUCAACACAAAUAAGCACAGUAGCAAAGAAAGUUUAUGUUUCUGUUAGGGAUAAAUCGAAAUUGACUUUGAAAAAUUCAUUAAUUGAUUAUAUUGGAAUGGUAGAGGAGUACAACCACACUGACAAAUCAGUAAUCACAAGAGAUGGAGAAACAGUCAAUGGCAUAGACUCCGUUAUAUUCUGUACUGGUUAUUUUUAUAGUUUUCCAUUUUUGAAGCUUGAUAAUAUAUUAACUGAUGGAAGACAAGUUCAAAAUAUUUAUAAACAAAUUUUUAAUAUUCAAGAUCCAUCAAUUUCAUUCGUUGCAUUACUUAAAAAUUUUUUGCCUAUGCCAGUUUCAGAAUAUCAAUCAUCAUUAAUUGCAAGAGUAUAUUCUGGUAGAUAUAAAUUACCAAAUGAAGAAGAAAUGAAAGAAGAUUAUGAAAUAGAAAUGAUUAAAAAAGGUAAAGGUUCACCAUUUCAUGAUUUUUCAUUCCCUAAAGAUAUUGAUUAUUGUGAACAUUUAAAAUCAUUAAUUGAGACUCAAAAUUGUUUACAAAGUGGUUUAAUUGGACCAUUAUGGACAAAAGAGAAGAUAUAUUAUAGACUGCAAACUAAAAUACAAAAAGAAGAAAGACUAAGAGAUUUGAUUGAACAUGUUAAACAGUUACGAAAAGAAGGUAAAGAUUUUUCAUUACUAAAUUAA